CUGUUUCCUGCUCUGGGUCCCUUUCCCUGCGUCUCCACGUCGCGGCCGCCGUGCUGGGCGCUCGGUGGGCAGAGACGGAAGAGUGGGACCUGCGGGGGCCGCCGUGCCGCCGCCAUCUGCACCCCCACGCCGGUCCUCGGCGCAGGGUCCGCAGCCACGGCCCUCGUGAGGCCACGUGGGCAUGCCCGGUCGCCACGCCGAAUAAGGGGCGCGUAGCUGGGGAAGGAGAUAGGGACCCGGUAGCAAGAGGCUGGGAUUCUCGCCCGGCCCAGCCGCUGGUUCGUUCCGUUGUGUGACUUGGGUCGACUGCCUUCCUCCAGUCGCCUCAUCUGUACAGUGACUGGUGAGGGCAAUGCCCGCUCUGCCUACUCCCGAAGAUUCGAUGCCAGGGGACCGCCAAGUGUGGGAUAAUAGAUCGCUGGUCCAUUAAGUGUGAGAUUGCUGACCCCUCGCGCCGAUCAGGUCCAGGGGUCUGGACGAGGUCGGAGAGGGACAGCGUGGGCUUCCCAGGGUCACUGGAGGAGAGCUUCAAUCGUCCAAACCGCUCGCCUGGACGUAGGCUGGAAGGAGGCGGCCCGGAGGGAGGACCGCGUUCUCCAUCCCAAGCCCGAAGCCUGAAGGGCUCACAGUCGCAGUGGUCCCCGCAGUUGCCGGGAGUAGGGAGCAGGCGGCAGUGCCCCGGGCCCUCGCUAGGUGGCAGUGUCACCAAGGACAAAGCUGGCUGAGGGUCCAGCGACCCGGGGCCGGCGUUCCUCUGCCCAAUGUGAACCUGGGGAAGGGCCGGGUGGAUUCUGCUGGGCCGGCUCGGCGCUUGAGCCCCUGGCGGAUUGCCACCGUCCUCUCUCCCGUACGGACCCAAAUGAGCCGGCCUUUGUUGGAAAUGGACUGAGCGCUUUGGUGCUUGGUGCUGGGUUUCCAUUUAAGUAAUCAGUGGGCUUGCCUCUAUUCCUGUGUCUCACACCCGGGCAAGUGGAGAAGAAAAUCUGGUGCUUCUUCCUUCGGCACCAAUGGGAGAUUCAAGCCAGGAGUUCCUCAGAGGCCCGGUGGACAUCCAUGGUGACGAGGCGGAACCCCUUCUUCUCGCACUUGAUGCUGCUGCCCAUCAGGCCGCACUGCACGCCGUCAGGCUUGAUGGCGAGGAAGCUUCGUUCUAGGACUGGCCUCUGUGAAAUGGUCUUCUGAUCCUCCUCCUCACACAGAAGCUGAAGACUCGAGUGGAAGGGGAUGGGGAGUGAAAGGCUAACCGAUGAAAGCCACUAAUCUUCCUUCCAUUCUUCAAGACCUUUAAGGGCAUUUUCUCUGCUGCAUCCUCAGCUGCACCGGGAGGCAGGAUCCUCUGGGUUUGAUAAGAGAAAAAAGGAGAGCGGGGACCCAGAACCUCCUCCCGACUUCCGCCCCCUCAUUCUGGCCUUGCGAUCCUCUGCACUAAGCGGGUCCUGACCUAUUUGCCAGACUCGCUGUUUCUCCCUCCUCUUCUCAAACCACCCCCGCGUCCUGCCCCAGCUUCUGGGUUUUACAACUCCUCCACCCUCGGGGAGCCGCCCUUCUUUUGCUUGACACCCCCCCUAACUAGCCAGGACCAGCAAAAGAAGAUCGCACCCCGAGACCCCUUUUUUACUGGGUUCCGGCGCUUCCGCCUCCGGGGCGAAGACUCCUCCCCCUCCCGUCCCAAUUGUAUUCCCUGGAAGAGCAGCCGGAAAAGCCUCCGCCGCCAGAAGCUGGUACCUUCUCGCAGCCCCGUGCACGCCCCAGACUUGCCGCGGCAUCCUGGGCCCCGCUCCCAGCCGGGGCGGGCGGCACGGGCUCCGGCGAGACUUCAGCACCACGGACAGCACCCGGACCGCGGCCCUCCCGCCCUCGGCGCGCUCCCGCGGGUCUAGGUGAGGCGGCGAGCGAUGCCCACAGCAUGGCCUGGUGCUCCGAGCCCAUGGCGCUGCUCCUCGCUUUCGGCCUCCUCUGGCUGUGCUCAGGAGUCUGGGGUACAGACACAGAGGAGCGGCUGGUGGAGCAUCUCUUGGAUCCCUCCCGCUACAACAAGCUUAUCCGCCCAGCUACCAAUGGCUCUGAGCUGGUGACAGUACAGCUCAUGGUAUCACUGGCCCAGCUCAUCAGUGUGCAUGAGCGGGAGCAGAUCAUGACCACCAAUGUCUGGCUGACCCAGGAAUGGGAGGAUUACCGCCUUACUUGGAAGCCUGAGGAGUUCGACAACAUGAAGAAAGUUCGACUCCCUUCCAAGCACAUUUGGCUCCCAGAUGUGGUCCUGUACAACAAUGCGGACGGCAUGUAUGAGGUGUCCUUCUAUUCCAAUGCCGUGGUCUCCUACGACGGCAGCAUCUUCUGGCUGCCGCCCGCCAUCUACAAGAGUGCCUGCAAGAUCGAAGUGAAGCACUUCCCGUUCGACCAGCAGAACUGCACCAUGAAGUUCCGCUCCUGGACCUACGACCGCACGGAGAUCGACCUGGUGCUCAAGAGCGACGUGGCCAGCCUGGACGACUUCACCCCCAGCGGCGAGUGGGACAUCGUGGCGCUGCCAGGCCGGCGCAACGAGAACCCCGACGACUCGACUUACGUGGACAUCACCUACGACUUCAUCAUCCGCCGCAAGCCGCUCUUCUACACCAUCAACCUCAUCAUCCCCUGCGUGCUCAUCACCUCGCUGGCCAUCCUCGUCUUCUACCUGCCGUCCGACUGCGGCGAGAAGAUGACCCUGUGCAUCUCCGUGCUGCUGGCGCUCACCGUCUUCCUGCUGCUCAUCUCCAAGAUCGUGCCGCCCACCUCCCUGGACGUGCCCCUGGUCGGCAAGUACCUCAUGUUCACCAUGGUGCUCGUCACCUUCUCCAUCGUCACCAGCGUGUGCGUGCUCAACGUGCACCACCGCUCGCCCACCACGCACACCAUGGCGCCCUGGGUCAAGGCCCUGUUCCUGGAGAAGCUGCCCCCGCUGCUCUUCAUGCAGCAGCCGCGCCACCACUGCGCCCGCCAGCGCCUGCGCCAGAGGCGGCGGCAGCGGGAGCGAGAGGGCGCGGGAGCCCGCUUUGUCCGCGAAGCCCCGGGGGCCGACUCCUGCACGUGCUUCGUCAACCACGCGUCCGUCCAGGGCGUGGCGGGGGCCUUCGGGGCAGAGCCCGCGCCGGUCCCCGGGCGCUUGCGGGGCCCCUGCGGCUGUGGCCUCCGGGAGGCGGUGGACGGCGUGCGCUUCAUCGCGGACCACAUGCGCAGCGAGGACGAGGAUCAGAGCGUGAGCGAGGACUGGAAGUACGUCGCCAUGGUGAUCGACCGCCUGUUCCUUUGGAUCUUUGUCUUCGUCUGUGUCUUUGGCACCAUCGGGAUGUUCCUACAGCCUCUCUUCCAGAACUACACCACCGCCACCUCCCUCCACGCAGACCACUCGGCUCCCAGCUCCAACUGAGCCUCCCUCACCCAGCUCCACGGCCCUUCACCCCGCUGCCCUCUGUUGUACAAUCGUUUUGGGUGGAAGAGGAUGAGCUACCAGGAAGAGGGGCGCUGCCCACAAAGAUCUGUCCUUCCACGUCACCUGGAGCCCCUCCCCCCACCCACAGCCAGCUCCACCUGGCAGCUGGGCCAGCCCCUCUCCUCCUCCUGCACCAAUAGUGUUGCUGAUUGAGGAUGAGGCCGAGAAAAGGAGGGUGGAGAUAUCGGCGACUUCCAGCCUGAGGAAAGUGUGAAGGGGAAGGGGCUGAGAAGGGGCCAGAAUCUUCCACUGCCUUCCAGUCAUGGGAAAGAGUGAGAAGGACAGGGGCUCCAGCUCUGCUGGGCCGGCCCAACACAAUGGCAGCUCAGAAGGGAGGAGCAAGAGGAGAGAGGCCUGGGUGUGACUGGAUGCUUGCCUCAGCCCCAGUGAACGGCAGCUGGGCGGGUGGGCCUCCCAAGGGGCACAGGUUCCUGCCCAGAGGGUUCGUCUGCUGCUGUGGUAGACGCCUGGAGGGAGCUUCCAGCCCGGUCCCACCGUCCCAGCUCCCCUCGUCCUGGUGAGGAAUUCUCCGCACCCCCUGGACUUUCUUUCCUUCCUUUCUUGCUUGGCCAGGGUGUGAAGGGCAAGGCUGGGUAUUGGGAGCCUCUGAGUUCUGAGUCUUUGCGUGACCUGCUAGGAGCCUGAGGUCCGAGGACACACACUUUGGGGGAAGGGCAAGUUCACAGGCUGUUUUUUACCCCCAGUUGAACUGACUGGUUGUUUGAAGUAAAUGAAGGAUGUUAGCUGUAAGCAGAGCCAGCCUUUUUUAUUUUUUUUAAUACAUUUUUUUUAUUGAUUUUAGAGAGAAGGGAGAGGUACAGAGAGAUAGAAACAUCGAUGAGAGAGAAAAUUCCAUG